AUGUCGUCGUCCUGGUCAUCGGCGUCGAAGACACCCGUCAAUUCAACGAGGCGGCCGUCGAGCGGGCGCCUCCCGAGUAUCUCCAACGACGUAGACGUCGACGACGAGCCGGAGUUCACCUCCACCAUGUCCGGUGGCGGCAGCGACUAUGCCAACUACACCGUCCUCAUGCCGCCCACCCCGGACAACCAGCCCUAUAGUGUCGGCGGCGGUGGAGGCGGAGCGCCGUCCUCCGCGUCCGCUGGUGGUAGCAAGCCGGACGAUCUCCCGUUGCCGCCCUAUGGCCCUUCGGCGUCCUCUAAGCUCGUCAACCGGCGUGGUGGUGCCGGCGCGGACGACGGCGUGGGGGGCGGCAGCGGCAAGAUGGACCGGCGGCUGUCCACGGCGCGCGUGCCGGCGCCGUCCAAGUCGCUGCUUGUGCGGAGCCAGACCGGGGACUUCGACCACAACCGGUGGCUGUUCGAGACCAAGGGCACGUACGGCAUCGGGAACGCGUACUGGCCGCAGGACAGCAACGCGUAUGCCGACGACGAGGACGGCGGCGUGGGCAGCGGUCCCGUCAAGAUGGAGGACCUCGUUGACAAGCCGUGGAAGCCGCUUAGCCGAAAGGUGCCCAUCCCUCCCGGCAUUCUUAGCCCCUACAGGCUGCUGGUGCUGGUGCGGUUCAUCUCGCUGUUCCUGUUCCUGAUCUGGCGUGUGACGAACCCCAACCUGGACGCGCUAUGGCUGUGGGGGAUCUCCAUCGUGUGCGAGUUCUGGUUCGCCUUCUCGUGGCUGCUGGACCAGAUGCCAAAGCUGAAUCCGAUAAACCGUGCCGUCGAACUCAGCGCGCUCCGGGAGAAGUUCGAGUCCGCGACGCCGUCCAACCCCACCGGCCGGUCCGACCUCCCCGGGCUCGACGUCUUCAUCUCCACCGCGGACCCCUACAAGGAGCCGCCCUUCACCACGGCCAACUCGCUGCUCUCCAUCCUCGGCACGGAGUACCCCGUGGAGAAGCUCUUCGUCUACAUCUCGGACGACGGCGGCGCGCUGCUGACCUUCGAAGCCAUGGCGGAGGCCUGCGAGUUCGCCAAGGUUUGGGUGCCCUUCUGCCGCAAGCACUCGAUCGAGCCACGCAACCCGGACGCGUACUUCAACCAGAAGGGCGACCCCACCAAGGGCAAGAAGCGGCCGGACUUUGUCAAGGACCGCCGGUGGAUUAAGCGCGAGUACGACGAGUUCAAGGUCCGCAUCAACGGCCUCGCCGACCUCGUCCGCCGGCGUGCCAACGCAAUGAAUGCUCGCGAGCGUAAGAUCGCCCGCGACAAGGCUGCUGCUGCCUCCUCUGAUGCCCCAGUCGCCGACGCCCCCACCGUCAAGGCCACCUGGAUGGCGGACGGCACCCACUGGCCCGGCACCUGGCUCGACUCCGCCCCUGACCACGGCAAGGGCGACCACGCAAGCAUCGUGCAGGUGAUGAUCAAGAACCCGCACUACGACGUGGUGCACGGCGACGCCGGGUCGCACCCAUACUUGGACUUCACCGGCGUGGACGUGCGCAUCCCGAUGUUCGUGUACCUCUCGCGGGAGAAGCGUCCGGGGUACGACCACAACAAGAAGGCGGGCGCCAUGAACGCCAUGGUGCGCGCGUCGGCGAUCCUCUCCAAUGGGCCCUUCAUGCUCAACUUCGACUGCGACCACUACAUCUAUAACUGCAUGGCCAUCCGCGAGGCCAUGUGCUACAUGCUUGACCGUGGCGGUGACCGCAUAUGCUACAUCCAGUUCCCGCAGCGCUUCGAGGGCAUCGACCCCUCCGACCGCUACGCCAACCACAACACCGUCUUCUUCGACGGCAACAUGCGCGCGCUCGACGGCCUCCAGGGCCCCAUGUACGUCGGCACCGGCUGCCUCUUCCGGCGGUACGCCGUCUACGGCUUCAAUCCGCCGCGCACCAACGAGUACCGCGGCAUCUACGGCCAGGUCAAGGUGCCCAUCGACCCGCACGGUCACUCUGGACCCGGCGCCGCCGAGGAGCUCCGCCCGCUGUCGGUGCACCCGGACCACGAGGCGCCGCAGCGGUUCGGCAAGUCCAAGAUGUUCAUCGAGACCAUCGCCGUGGCCGAGUACCAGGGCCGGCCGCUGCAGGACCACCCCUCGGUCCAGAACGGGCGGCCGCCGGGCGCGCUGCUGAUGCCGCGCCCGCCGCUGGACGCGGCCACCGUGGCGGAGUCCGUGGCGGUGAUCUCGUGCUGGUACGAGGACGGCACCGAGUGGGGACUGCGUGUGGGGUGGAUCUACGGCUCCGUGACGGAGGACGUGGUGACCGGGUACCGCAUGCACAACCGCGGGUGGCGCUCCGUGUACUGCAUCACCCGGCGCGACGCGUUCCGCGGCACGGCACCCAUCAACCUCACCGACCGGCUCCACCAGGUCCUCCGGUGGGCGACGGGGUCCGUGGAGAUCUUCUUCUCCAAGAACAACGCGCUGCUGGCCUCCCAGCGGCUCAAGUUCCUGCAGCGCCUAUCGUACCUCAACGUCGGCAUCUACCCGUUCACCUCCCUCUUCCUCAUCAUGUACUGCCUCCUGCCGGCGCUGUCCCUCUUCUCCGGCCAGUUCAUCGUGGCGACGCUGGACCCGACAUUCCUGUGCUACCUCCUGCUCAUCACCAUCACGCUGAUGCUGCUGUGCCUGCUGGAGGUGAAGUGGUCCGGUAUCGGCCUUGAGGAGUGGUGGCGCAACGAGCAGUUCUGGGUGAUCGGCGGCACGUCGGCGCACCUGGCGGCCGUGCUGCAGGGCUUGCUGAAGGUGAUCGCGGGCAUCGAGAUCUCCUUCACGCUGACGGCCAAGGCGGCGGCGGACGACGACGAUGACCCCUUCGCGGAGCUGUACCUCGUGAAGUGGACGUCGCUCUUUAUCCCACCGUUGGCAGUGAUCGGGAUCAAUAUCAUCGCGCUCGUCGUCGGCGUGUCCCGCACUGUGUACGCGGAGAUCCCGCAGUACAGCAAGCUGCUGGGCGGCGGGUUCUUCAGCUUCUGGGUGCUGGCGCACUACUACCCGUUCGCCAAGGGGCUCAUGGGCCGCCGCGGACGCACGCCGACCCUCGUCUACGUAUGGGCGGGGCUCAUCUCCAUCACCGUCUCCCUGCUCUGGAUCACCAUCAGCCCGCCCGACGACAGGAUCACCCAGGGCGGAGUCGACGUGUGA